AUGGAAAAGACACUUUGGUGCUGGAUUGUUGUGUGGACGACAGGGGUGAGACUCGGCGAGAGCGCGUUCAGUGACUACGACGUUAGGACUCUCACGACUACGGACGAGUCGUAUAGGCAAGCGAGAUGGCGGCAUGUGGAAGACGGGGCAUCCGAAUCCGCUCGAGCUGCUCACGACGAUCACGAGGUGUUGUACCAGGACGAGGAGGCGGUCCUGCCGGACGACCACGACUACCGAGACACCAAGGCCAUGGUCGAGCCGAAGGUCGAUUACUGGGGCGGCUACUACGAUUUUCUAAUCAACGAGGGCAGCUACAAGUUUUGGGCCGUUUUUCAACUGGCGACCGCGGCACUGUUGAUCUACAGCGGCUUCGCUGCGCUCUACUACGCCAAGGUCAAUCCGAUGAUAAGCGACGAGGAGGACGAUUUUUUGGCGAAGCGCAGGAAACGCUCCCUAGACAGGGACAAGCCGCCCCGGGAGCGGGAGUUUUUCGGAUUCGACGCGCAGAGCUUGCAGAGGAUACUCGACGCGGUCGCCGGGGACGUUCAUCGAUGA